GGCCGCGCUGCGACGACAACCCUCGACCUUACCAACAACCGCGCACUUCCACAGUCAAAAUGACCAAGCGCACGAAGAAGGUCGGCAUCACCGGCAAGUACGGUACUAGAUAUGGUGCCUCGCUCCGUAAGCAGGUGAAGAAGAUGGAAAUCACCCAGCAUGCCCGCUACACCUGCACCUUCUGCGGCAAGGUCACCGUCAAGCGCCAGUCGACCGGCAUCUGGAACUGCAGGUCGUGCAACAAGACCAUCGCCGGUGGUGCCUACACUGUCUCGACCCCCGCCGCGGCUGCCACGAGGUCGACGAUCCGCCGUCUUAGGGAGAUUGCUGAGGUUUAAGGGAAAAUUGCGACUUUAUGAUCACGGUGCCUGGGUGUUGUCUUUGUCUAGGGUUC